AUGGAUCCGGAACCCACUUUUUCCUCUUUGGUCCAAUUAGACGGACCCCAGAGUGACAGUGCCGCAGCGACAGGGGAGCCUGCCAGCAGCAGCCGCCCAGCUGCCCGCCCACCUCUCGCCCUGGGAGCGGCUCGGCCUCGAGCUGAUCCUCUCCUUCGUCGUGGUCUUCACCUACUUCGUCUCGAUGGACAGCCACAGGCGAUGGUUAGGAGGAACCGCCCUGGCCAUAGGAUGCCGUUCUUGAAUCCAGCCAGAGCUUUGGGACUAGCUUUUGUUCUCAACAAAUGGGAAAACCACUGGGUUUAUUGGUUUGGACCGAUUAUUGGAGGUCUUGCGGCUGGUCUCAUUUACGAAUUCAUUUUCAAUCCCAGAAGGCAUUUCAAGAGGUCCAAGGAUUCCAUUGAUGGAGAUUCAUCGAGUAUUCAUUCAGAUGAAGAUACCUACGAUGAACUCGACAAACCCAGAUCAACUUACAAUACCCUGAGACCUGUUCAGCCUGGUGCAGACGUGUACAGACCAGUCGUCAACUCAUCCUCUCCUUCAGGAGGUAAUCAAUCAUACUGCGCCGCUAACAUGGUUCAGGCCAGCCUUUACGCAGCACCUCCUUGCAAGCUUGACAGAGUCGAGUCGUUGUAUGGUGGCACUAAGUCACUCUACUGCAAAUCACCGCCACUCACAAGAGCAAACCUCAACCGAUCGCAGUCUGUUUAUUCCAAGACAACGGGCCCACCAAUGCUCCAUAGGAACGACAAUGGCGUACCAAGGCCAGGACCUCUUAUCCCUGCUCAGAGUAUGUACCCAAUGAGGCUUAAUUCCAAUGGAAGUGCAAACUCUUCUGCUGCUGCUAAUCAAAACCAACAGAAUCAACAAAGGCUAGGUACUGAAGGAAUCUACGGUACACGAACUGCGAAUGGUGGUGACAGAGUAUACAGGAAACUACCCGGUCGACCAGAGUCUGUCUAUGGGCAAAGGCAAGAACCGUCAGAUGGUGUGUACCAAUAUCAGCAGCCUCCAGCUCCAAGGGGUGCAGCGAACUAUGCUCCUGUGCCGAAACCUGUUCCCGCUUAUCUGCCAAUGCAGCCUCCGCAACAGAGGCCAGAAGAUGUAGGAAUCCCUGCUCAAGCUCCUCCUCCGUAUAUACGUAGUGAGCAACACGAGUCUCCGAAUCCCCAGCAACAAUCUUCACAACCUCAAAAACAACAGCAACAGCAGCAGCAGCAGCAGCAACAACAGCAACAACAACAACAACUCCAACAGCAACAACAACAACUACAACAGCAGCAGCAACAGCAACAAUCACAUCAACAUCCACAUCAGUUUAGGGAAUCACCUCAGCAACAGUUCAGGGAAUCGCCUCAACAGCAAUUCAGGGAAUCCCCACCACAGCAGUACAGGGAAACGCCUCCUCAGCAGCAGCAAUAUAGAGAUUCGCCCAACCCUCAGUAUCGAGAGUCGCCAAACCCACAGUACAUCCACCGACAGGAGCAGCAGGCCAGAGACUCGCCCAGCCAGCAAUAUUGACCCAAGUACAUCUAUUUCCCCAAGUCAAUCAGCGCCAGCAACGUGCGCUGUUUGAGGGUAUAGGACCAGCUGGACCCGCAAUGGGUUCAUCACAAAGACUGUUUUGAAAUAGCAUUAUAAGGCAGCUAAUUUCAAAUUCCGAAUGACUUAAUACCUCUGCUAAAUUUUAUAUUUUGCAAAUAUUAUAUAUUAAGUUAUAAAAUAAGGCUUUAAUCAAAAAAUAUUAUUUAUACAUUCCAAAAUUACAUUCUUAUUACUUACUUAAUUGUGCACUAUAGUUUUUCAAAUGGAUCUAUAUAUUAAAGUUUUUCACCCCUAUUCAUUUGCAAUUCAGAUUUCCUUAAUAUUAUCUUUAUUCUAAUAAAAUGCUCAGUCAUCUUUUGACCAAGCCUUAUAAAAAAGAGAAGAUUGUACAUAUGUAAAGUUUAGAAUUUAAGAAGUAUUUCUAAUAAAAGACUCAGGCAGGGAAGAAAUGAUGAUGUUAAAAGAAAAAAAAUAUAUAGAUUAUAUUUAGAAGAAAUGAUUAAGAUGAAAGAAGAUUAUUAAUAAUUUAUUAUUUGUUGUUAUUGCAUAUUCGCUGUUAGCUAAGAAUUCCUUUAUAUUUUUUAUAAUGGGUUUGAUGGAGUUUGAUGUUUUGAAAAGUGUUUAUGUCAAUAGUUGUUUGAUAUGAAACAUUGACGUAAUUAUUGUAUAUAAGACUAAAUGAGUAUUUGACUCUGUUAGUGAUUGUCGUAUGAAGACAAUCUUUAUUUGUUGAGGAAUUGUAUAUAAAUCAUUUUAUAAAAAUUAAUUUAAAGAGAGCUUGUAAAUAUUACCUUAAGUGUAUCUUAAGUAAAUCAGAGAGAGGAGCAAACUGAAAUACCAUUUAGUAGAUAAAAGAACCAAAGUUUAUUUAUUUAUUAUGAUAAAUAAGCCAAUAGUAGGCCAUAAUUGUUCUUUGAUGUUGAGAAUUACAUCUCUUAACUAAUUAAAUUCAAUAAAAAAUUGUUUUUUAUAAAUUGUAUUUAUUUAGCAAUUUACCUAACUUAUUACAUUUAUCAAAAUUUUCUUUUGUAUAAUCUCUUUUAUAGAUUAUUUAGUAUUUAUUAAAUAUUAAGAUGUUCUGACUAACAGAUUUCAGAUCCUGGUGUUAAAUAAUAAUUCAUGAUACUUUCUAUAGCCUUUCAAAAAUAAAAUGUAAAUCUUAUAUCAUGUAUUGUAUUUAUUUUUAAGAACAUUUUUAUUUUACAUAAAAAAUUAUGUCUGGAAACAAAUAACAACAGUGUACUGAAGGGAAAAAACAUAUAUAAUUUUUGCUUAAAAAAUAUGUAGAUACAUUUUUAUUCCUUACCAGUUAUGUAUAUUAUAUUAUCCAACUUUUAUAAAUAAAUAAAACUAUGAGAUAUUUAUUCAUUUAUUUUUAUAUUGCCCUAAACACUGCACUAAUUUUACUUCACCUUAUAUGAAAGAUAAAUGAAUAAAUAAAGAACAAUAUAUCGUCUGUUUAUUGCAAAAUAUCAUUAAAUAACAUUUCAUAACCUCAGAUAAUUAAGAACUUUGAUGAAUUUUCUCUUUGUGUAACAAGACAAUUGUGCACUUAGUGUAACUGUAUAUGAUAAAUAAAAGGGUGUGCGUUAUUUAAAUGCAAUUUUAGUGUUUUUGCGUUUGUAAACCAAAUCGAAUUUAACAAAAACAAAUUUGAAAGUUAAACUAUAUCAAAAUUUACUUAGUGACUUUUUGCAAUAAAUCCAUGAUAAAGUGGUCUAUAUAUAGCUUUAAAAAUAAAAAUAUUUAUUUAGAGCCAUAUAUUCAGUAGUAUUUAUUUGAAUGACAUAAAAUAUCAAUUUUUUUUGGUAAAUGAAUGGAUUUACUUUUAUUUUUUUUAAGCACUUUUUCACUACUGUGGUUAUCCUUUUGCAGUUAAUGAAAAAUUUUUGCAGUUAUUUUUUCAUAAAAGCUCGAAAUUUGAAUGUAUAUUAAUUAUUGAAAGGAAUUUUGUAUCACAUUAAGAUUUUUGAACUCUUGGCUUUUUAGAAAGUAGUUCAUGCUAUUUUAUAGAAAUAUUGGGUCAAUAAUAGGUCUAGUGGUUUCUAAAAAAAAAAUCAGUUCAAAAAAGCCUAUGAGAUUCUACAUGGUCAAGCUCGAACGAAAUAGAUAAUCAUGAAUAAUUUAGGGUGAUAAAUAUUGAGGACACAGUCAUAUUAAAGGUUUUUAAUGGUGUCAACGUUUCAACCCAAACAUGUGGUUCAUCAUCAGGGCAUCAUCAUUCGAACACUGAAGGUAUUCAAGUAUUGACUUGAAUAACUUCAGUACUCCAAUAAUAAAAUCCUUUAAAAUGCCUGUGUCCUGAAUAUUUAUCACCUAGGAUAUGUACAACUGCCGACUAACUUCCUUCAAUGAAUAGCUUAGGAAAACUUUUGUCAAAUUAAAUAAAUAAACUUUAAUGACUAAUUUAUUUCAUAAUAAAAUGUUCUUGCAUUUUCUAUAAUUUUAACUGCCUCCUAAAAAGGGAAUGAUUGAAAGGAUGUCAUAACAAAUAAAUAUGUGAAUAAGAUAUUUAGCUCUUUCAUUUUUCAUAAAACAAAAAGAAUAAAACUUAUUUACACUGAAAGAGAGAAACAUCAAGUAUAACUAUAAAUAUGAAUUAAUAAUACAAAAAAAUUAAACCAAUAAUACAAAAACACACUAACGCUAAGCUUAAUCUACACAACUCUUUGCACCUCCAAUCAGAUCAGUUAGUGUUAAUACCAGCUCAUUUUUUCAUAUCAUUUGAUAAAAUCUUUUAUUUUUUUAUGGACCUACAGAUAAAUACAGACAUGUCAUUUGGCCAACAAGGCAAUAAUACAACCACUAGUGACGUAUCUACGAGAGGGGAGGGGUUCGAGCUGAAUCACCCCAAACAAUUUUUUUUUUUUUUUUUGUUUAUUUAAUGGAAUUUAUAACUGUAUACAAAUACAACAAGUAAAUAUGAGCAAAUAUAAAUAAUGGCAUGUACAGGCUUGAAGAGUUACUACCCAGUGGUAGCACUCUCUAAAUAAUUUUAAGUAAGAAGAUCACUAGGCCAUCUCCUUUUCAGACGCCUAGGAGGAUUAUCAGGAAUCGAGAAAGAAGCAAGAGUGGAAACAAGCGGAUUUUAACAAAAUUUAAAACUGGAAAAAUAAUUUUUUUUUCAUUGAUCCAUAUUUGUCACUAUGAGUGAUCUAAGCUUAAUCCUUGAAUGAUCAAAAUGUGUUUUUUUUUUUUUAAUUUAAUGAAUUGAAAAUAUAACCAUUAAUUUAUAUUAUUAAAAAAAUUGAUCUCUAAAAGUAUUAUUGUUCUUGUAAUUAUAUAUAAUAUAUUUUUUUCAUACAGUUUCAAGAAUCACUUAAACAUCAUUUCAUAUAGCUAGGGUAAAGUCAAAAAUUAUUGACACUUUAACAAACUGUUACAAAUAAUUUAACAAUAACUUUUUUAUUAAUUAACAUAUCUGUAUGUUUCAUAGUUUUUCAUAAUAUUCCAAGUCUAUUCUACAGAUUCUACCCAAAUUAUAAUCGUAAUAAUAAAUAAAUUAUAAUCGUAAUAAACUCCAAUUCAGUGGACUCCGAUUCAGUAUGGUAUCCUGCUUUACAAAGUGUCUGGGACUGCCCUUAAAGUAUAGUAUAUGACUGUAUAUAUUUAUAAAACACUAUGGAAAAGUGAUUUAUUGAUGAAAUUUAAAUCUUCUUCCAUUUAUAUUACAAGAUUUGGUUCUACCAUGAAAAUAGUUAAUUCCUCGAUAGUUCUCAUGUGGUAAGUAUAACUCGAAGGAAGCAGAAUUAUAGUUCCGACCUUAAUUUUAGUCCAUUCAAGUGUUAAAGCUGUUCCUUUUAUUAUAAUAAAAAUACAAAGAGUGCGUCUUCCACAGAUGGAGUAAUACUGAUCUUUAGGGA